GUUAGUUAUCUCCUCCUAUGCCAGAAACAUGGAGCCCGUCUUGUUUGCUCUACACGCCUGGCAAGCUGUUUUACUUUGCUUGCUUUUUGCUGUUAUUUAUGUUGGCAGUCUGUAUGCUUGGAUUAACAAUACCAACAGAACUCGAGAUCACCCUGAAAUUAUCAAACGAAGAUUUGUCAGUGUCGGUAUAGUUGCAUUAAUUGUACCACCUCUUUUGUGGUGCUUCAGCAAGUACCAAACUUCCACCAAUCCUGAUGGCCGCACUUUAUUUGAAUGGCUAGGGCUACGUUUCUGGGGAUUUAUACCUGCAUUUGUACUCCCCCUACUACUUACUAUGGUCUUGUUCUCUGGUCCACUUUAUUUACAUUACAUUGAUGGUGUAUUUAGCUUGUAUUUGGAACCGAAAUAUUGGUCAAGUAGUUUUAAGUCACUAAUCUGGCUCCGGAAUCAUUUAGUGGCUCCAUUUUCGGAAGAAUUCAUAUUCCGGGCUUGUAUGUUACCGGUUUUGGUUCCGUCUUUUGGAGAAUGGUAUGCCGUUUUCUGUUGUCCACUCUUCUUCGGGGUCGCUCACUUUCACCACAUGAUCGAAACGGUUAUAUUCGGACACCAAGCAGUUAAAGAUGCCUUGAAGCAGUCUAUUUUCCAAUUGUUCUAUACCACUAUAUUUGGAGCCUACUCAGCAUUCCUCUUUCUACGAACUGGUCACUUAGUGGCGCCUGUCAUUGCACACGCAUUUUGCAACCACAUGGGAUUUCCACCUUUCAACGAAGUAAUGGCUCAUCAACAACCUGGACGAACCAAAAUCAUUUUCUUCUUUAUUGCUGGACUUUCUGCUUGGUUGAUUCUUCUUUAUCCUCUCACCGACCCAAGUUUUUAUUCCAACGUAGUAUAUAAUCUAUAAAACAGUUCAAAUCUUGGCGAAAGUACUGAAUUACUACUAUAUUCACACACAAUUACAUUCACAAAGAGACAGAAAUAUCCUAAAUCAUGAAUUGCCUUAAAAUGUAAUUAUGAAAGAAAAAUAUUUUUAUUACAUUUUUUUUAUAUUUUUCCCCUUCCCUCCAUCCCAAAUUCAUACAGACCCUUAUGGAAUUAAGUCGACUUUUAACAUAAUGGAUUUCGACUUAAAACAAAGGUAUUGACCAUUUUCAAAUUUCUGGUUAGUAAUUUCUCUACUGCUACAUUCAAUCAUAUUACAUGAACUCUACCAUUACAUCUUUUUCUCUUAAUCAUUUUUUUCUCAUUCCUUAUUUCAACUGCUAAACAAAAUUCAAAUUCCUUAAAUCUAUCUGUUCGUCGUUCGAAGUUCUCCUUCAAAUUUUUCGUUGAUUCAAUGACCUGUUAUCCCUUAAUGUGACACGAAGGCGGUACAGAACCAGUUCACUGCUGUUUGGGAGGCAAUACCUGUCACUAUUAAAAUUGGUUUUCUCCUCGAAAUCUUGCCUGUCUCUAUUGAAGGACAAACAAAAAACAAGACAGUAAAAGUUCAUAUUUUCUCUUUCACCAGUUGUAACUUAAGCUUUUAAUUUUCUUUUUUUUUUCUUUUGUUUAUUCUGUGAUCGUCAUUAUGACUAAGAUUUGUAAAUAUUAGAAUCGACGCCUUCUAUUUUAUUUAUUUUAUUUUUACCCUCUUGAAAAGUUCCUUGGGAAAGAGAGAAAAAAAAAAGAACAAAUGAAAUUCUUGUAUUUAGUUGGAAUUUUAGAAUCAACGAAACUGUCUAACUUGGGAUUUUCAUCUACAGAGCUUAAAAAGUUGUUUUCUUUUUUUAAAAAAAAAAUCCAAAACUUUCAUGACUAGUGCCUUAACUAUACGAAAACUGAUUCGUGUUUGACUGGAAAGAAGUUCGGUUACGAUAACUGAUCCAUAUUAAAUGGAAGAGCUGAUGUUAGUUACUCUUGAACUGAUCUUUAACAUGUAGACCGACCAAUCCCUUUAAAUAUAUCCUUUAUAUUUCCUGUGAAAUAUAAAUUAUUAAUAUUAAAUAAAUGGCAAAAAAAAUGACGAAAUCCCUUUACUUGGCUUAAUAAAUUAUUCAAAGUGUCA